AUGAAAACGAUAGAUAAAUAUACAUUACUUACUUAAAUAGGGUAAGGAUAAUAUGGGAAGGUAUAUAAAGCUAAUAAACACAAUACAUAAGAAUUUUAUGCAAUUAAAGUAAUAAAGCUAACUAGAUUUAAAUAAUUACCAAAAUUAACUUAAUUCACAAUGAAUGAAGUAGAAACAUUGAAAAGAAUUAAUAAUCAAAACGUAAUCAAAUUUAUCGAAUUAUUUAAUUCUAAGAAUAAUUUAUAUUUGGUAUAUGAAUUUUGUAAUGGUGGUAAUCUUGAAGAGUAUAUUCAAAGAAGUAGGAACCUAAGAGAAAGUGAUGCAAUUGAUAAAUUUACUUAAUUGCUGAAUGGUUUUGAAUCUCUACAGAAAGAAAAUAUUCUACAUAGAGAUUUGAAACCAUCAAACAUUCUAUUGCAUGAUAAUAUAGUUAAAAUAGCAGAUUUUGGUUUUUGUAAAAAUAUUGAACCAUUUGAUCUCACUUAAACAAUGGUAGGAUCACCAAUAUAUAUGGCACCUGAAAUCUUACUUGGUGAACCUUACAGUUUCUCUGCUGAUAUUUGGUCUUUAGGAGUUUGUCUUUUUGAAAUGCUCUUUGGAAGAUGUCCUUAUGAAGAUGUUACUAUACCUAGAUUAAUGUAUCAAAUAUAAAACUAAUAAGUAAUUAUUUUUAAUUAUAUUAGUUAACUAUUCCUUAUUAAAUAUCUGAAGGAAUUGAACGUUUAUUGAGAAGGAUGCUUACAGUUGAUCCUAGAUAAAGAAUAUCUUGGUAAGAAUUAUUUCAACUACGCAUUCCUAAAAACCAGAAGAGUGUCUCCCCUUUAAACAAUAGUAAUAAAAGAGGUGUAUCUCGUAAGUGUAAUAUAAUUUGAUAUUAGCAAUUAGAUAAAACUCCUCCCCUUAUUAAUAAGUCUUUCUUAAGAAAAACAGUCAGCAUUUCUCUUAAAAAAUUUCUGAAUCUUCUGAAAGCUGGCUCCAUAAUAAUAUUAAGAUUAUUUUAUAACAUAGAAAAUAAUUACAUGAACAAAUCAAAGCAAUUAUCAAACUACUUGAAGUCAAUGAUAAUGUUCAUGUUCCCUUAAUGGUACUCUUCAUGAUUAGAUACAUUUAAUCACAAUUAAAAUUAAAUGUAGAUAAUCUUAUUAAAUUAAGAGAAUUUAAAAACACUCCCCAAUUUGACAAAAUUUCAUCUUUAUAUAAGGAAGAUGAAAGGUAAAUACUUAUAACAAUUUAUUAUUUUUUAGUUAAGUGAUUUUAGUAGAAAAGCAAAUUGUUUAAGAACUUAAUAAAUCAUAAUGUCCUUCUGAAAAUGUCACAACUGAAGAAUUUUAAUGGAAUACAAAAUAGUUUUCACGUACAAUCUCCGAUGAUAUCCAUUUAUCAGAAUUACAAAAAUAUUUAUAUAGGUUUUUAGAUUCACUCAAUAAAUGA